AUGUCGACUAUUACCCGCACGUUACGGAAUCUGUGGAAAGUAGGGAUUAGGGAUUAUGGCCACCAGAUGCAUUAUAUUGGCGAUACCAAGGCCGGUGUUCUUGUUGCUACCGAUCGCUAUGGAAACAAAUACUUCGAGAAUAAUGACGAGCUACCCCUUCGGACGCGCUGGGUAGACUUCAAAGAAAAGGAACUCGAUGCAUCCCAGAUCGACCCGGGAUGGCAUGCUUGGUUGGCAUAUAUGGUCAACAAGCCUCCUGUGGAGGACAAAAUUCUGCAAACCGGCUUACGUGCGUGGGAAACUCCUGAGCACCGACCCAACCCGACUUUCUCCCGCGCUGCGUACAAACCAUAUUCAACAACUAAACCCAAGGUUUCCGCCUGGGACCCUGUUGCGCGACAAAGAUAG